GAAUUUCUUCCUCUUUUUGUCUGCUUCCCAAAUCCUUGCUUCCAUGAGCAUAUAUUAUCUGCUCUGAUCUCCCAACAAAUAUCAGUAUCAUAAACUAAACAAACAUGUCGAACUUUGCUCGGAAGUUUAAAGAAGAUGAACAGUUCCAGAGCACCAUCAUCUCACAGUCAUCGAAAGACAGUCCUAACCCAACUGAAAAUGGAUACCCGGAGGCUGAGGUUGUAGCAUUAUCUCCAAGGACUUUGAUGGCUAUAAAUAGGUAUGUUUGUGAAGUGUGCCAUAAAGGGUUUCAAAGGGAUCAGAAUCUGCAGCUGCACAGGAGAGAACACAGCCUUCCCUGGAAGCUGAAGCAAAGGCCAAAUACACAGGUUAAGAAGAGGGUAAGCACUUCUGCAGGAAGCAUGGAGAGAAGAAGUGGAAGUGUGAUAAGUGCUCAAAACGGUAUGCUGUUCAAUCAGAUUGGAAGGCUAGCUCACACCAAGAUAUGUGGCACACGUGAAUACUGGUGUGAUUGUGGCACCAUUUUUUCAAGAAAGGACAGCUUUGUCACGCAUAGAGCAUUCUGUGAUGCAUUAGCAGAAGAAAAUUACAGGGUGAACACGAACCUUACAGCUGGUGAAGGAAUGUUUCAGAGCCAAGAGCAGCAAGAGCUAUUCACUUCAGUGGUGCCUAGUUCAAAUUCCUGCUCAAACACAAAUGCAUCCGUUUCCAUUUCUAACGAGAACACUGAGAAUUCUUCAAGGCCAUCAUCCUUGAGCUCAGCCGGAGUCAUGAACUCGAGCAACUUAGGCCCACUUUUCAACCAAAGAAUGUCAAGGGCACCAUACAUAGCACUCGUAUCCCCCAACUCAUCUGCAACAGCCUUGUUACAGAAAGCAGCAGAAAUGGGUGCCAAGAUCAGUGACAAUACCAUAGCUCCUAUUCUCCUCAGAGGCUUCACCGGUUACUCUUCAAGCAGCACCAACUCAUCUGUAUUUGCCCACGAAGGCUCCUCUAACUUGGGGCUGAAUGCUGUAGGCGCCAAUAGCUUGAUUAUUGAAGAGCACUCACCGGAGGAUUCAAGACCUCGUCAUUCUGUUUCUCAAACAGCACUUUUUGAGUCUCCCCAUUUUGUGCACUCAGGAAAUGGAAAUGCUGGUAGUCUGUUGGGAGAAGUGCAUAUGGGAGGCAAAGGGGAGAAAAUGACUGUAAAUUUCUUGGGUGGUGAACCAGGUGGUGUGAAUCCGAGCACCAGCGGGAAAAGAAGAUAUGAAGGUAACAUGGUGGGAUUCGAGUGCCCUAAUUUGCAUUCAUAUUGGUGAAAAACUAGUGAUUUCAAGGUUUUAUGAACGGAUGCUUCUGGUUUUGACGGACUAAUAAUCAUCCACCCCUUCGAUGGCAAGGGGGAACCUAAGUACCGGAAAAUCCUAUAAAUCAGAUUAGUUGCG